AUGGCCGCUCCCGGAGCCGGGCCGGGCCGGGGUGUGUCUGCGGGCUGCGGGCGGGGGCGAGCCCGGCGGGCACGGCCCUCACCGCCCUCGCCGCCGCCCGUGCCCCUGUACAGGCUCGAUCCGGGGGCGCUGAGGGCGUCCUGCCCGCCCUGGUGCCCAGAAGGGGCUCCUUCGUGCCCCGAUGCACGGGCACCCCUCGCUGGGACCGUGCUCCGCUCGCCCACAGGCAGCCUUGAGCCUCCUGUCCCUGGCCGGGACAAAGCUUCCUUCAACCGCACUCUUACAGCUAGGAGAGCCGGGCUCAGCUCGUUCAUAAAGUGCAGUUCCUGGGCGGACCCCACGCACAGCUGGGCUCGGCGCUGGAUCCGCCUUCCCGAGCCGCAGCCUCGCAGAGAGAGGGGCUGGGGCUGGCAGCAGGAGCCUCGCACAGAGCGCUGCCCCGCGGAGGAUGAGCCGGUCACCGCCGUGAGCCUGGCUGCUGCCGGCCAGGGGCAUCCAGAAAUGGGGCGCUGCAGGAGACCCGGUCUGCUUCCCCUACUGCUGCUCUCCUUGUCCUGCGGGGCCGGCGCCCGGCGCAGCCUCAAGACCAACCUGUGCAAGUGGUGCGAGUCCACGGCCCCGGCGUGCCAGGACCAGGUGUGCUACAGCAACUGCAACCUCAACUCCUACUGCGAGCACCCCCACGAGAUCUGCGUGGCCAUAUGGAGACAGGACAACGAGAGCAUCAGGAUCAGCACGCUGUGCCACAACCCCCAGCGCCCCAUCGAGAACCUCAUGGUGCCCAACUACAACACCUCGCGCUGCGUCAUGAGCCUCCAGCCCAGCCAGGACAGCGCCGUCUACAUCUGCGGCUGCGUGGAUGAGCAGGAGUGCAACGACAAACUCAUCUUUGAGAACCACACCAACGGCUACUCCAUGCUGCAGAGCAAAGAGGUGAUCCCAGUGGCUGCCAUCAGCCUCCUGCCCCCGCUGCUGGUGGCGGUGAUGAUCACGGUGAUAUUUUACCUCUGCCGCACGCAGAAGCGCCGCAAGAGAGCCAAGGCGUGGGGCGGGAAGCCGGGCCAGCCGCAGGUGCUGCCGGAGCAGGGGAAGGCGAGCGAGCGGGAGGAGAAGCUGUCGGUGCUGAUGGACGAGAGCCCGGCCAGCCCCAGCCCCGGCAGCCGCCCCGCGGAGCUGCUCCCCAUCGAGCUGGACGAGAUGGUGGGCAAGGGGCAGUUCGCCGAGGUGUGGAGGGCCAAGCUGAGCCACAGCCGCUCGGGGCAGUACGAGACUGUGGCCGUGAAGAUCUUCCCCUGCGAGGAAUAUUCCUCCUGGAAGAACGAGAGCCAGAUCUUCACCGACACCAGCCUCAGGCACGACAGCGUCCUGCAGUUCCUCACGGCCGAGGACCGGGGCACGGGGCCCCGCCGCGAGUACUGGCUCAUCACCGCCUACCACAGCCGCGGCAACCUCAAGGACUACCUGUCCCACCACGUGCUGAGCUGGAUGGAGCUGCAGAAGAUGGCCGGGUCCCUGGUGAGCGGGGUGGCCCACCUGCACAGCGACUACACCGCCUGCGGGCGCCCCAAAAUCCCCAUCGCGCACCGCGACAUCAAGAGCACCAACGUGCUGGUGAAGAGCGAGCAGGAGUGCGUGCUCUGCGACUUCGGCAUCGCCAUCCGGCUCGACCCCUCCCUCACCGUGGAUGACUUUGCCAACAGCGGGCAGGUGGGCACCGCCAGGUACAUGGCCCCGGAGGUCCUGGAGUCCAGAGUGAACCUAGAAGACCUGGAGUCUUUCAAGCAGAUGGAUGUCUACUCCAUGGCCCUCGUUUUGUGGGAAAUGGCCUCCAGAUGUGAAGUGGUAGGAGAGGUGAAGAAUUAUGAGCUGCCCUUUGGGUCGAAAGUCCAGGAGCAGCCUUGUGUGGACACCAUGAGGGACAUCGUGCUGCAUGGCAGAGGCCGGCCCGAGAUCCCAAACAGCUGGCUGGUGCACCAGGGAAUGCGCUUCCUGUGCGACACCAUCACGGAGUGCUGGGACCACGACCCCGAGGCCCGGCUCACCGCCCACUGCGUGGCUGAGCGCUUCAACCUGAUGGCACAGAUGGAUUGUGAUGACAUCCUCAACAACAACACGGACAACGAGGCCAGCAAAACAGCUGCUCCAGGUGGGGAGCUCCAGGACAGCGAUGGCAGCAGGAACAUUCAGUGAUGCAGCAGGCAGAGGGCCUCAGCGCGAGGAACAAGAGGAUAAGGGGGAAGCAUUCAGCUCAUGGGGGGAAAAAAAACCUCACUGUUUUUCAAAAUGGAACUAAGAUCUAGUACAUAAAUUAUUUAUAAGAUCUGUUUCCUCCCACAGAUACAAUGAACUGAGGAAUCAAUAUUUUGGUUAAAGUGAAACAUUAUUAUAUGAACUGACUUUGUACUUACUUAAAAUGUAUAAUGAUGCAAAGCAUUCCUUUUAUUAUUUUUUAAAAUAAUAAUGUUUAAUCUUUUAUUAAUAAGCAGCUGAAUUCCACGUCUCUCUUUUUUAAGUCCUUCCAUAUUGUCAUUAUGAGUUUCUUUUUCUAGUUUAUUCUGCAGUGAUUAAAACAAUUUUCCUCUUUUUAAUGGCCUACACAUACACACACAAAAUCUGUUGUAGCAGGAAAAAAAGGCAUCAUGAGAUGUACCACACCCUCUCUGGAAGAAAUGCUGACAUCCAAGAAAAUCACUCAUGCAACACUGUCCAAAGAUCCACAAUAAUCCAGUAUGUAAAAGCCUGAUGUGAUGAAACUCCAACAUACCCUUCCUCACUGGGGAAUUCCUGGGUUGAUAGCUCAGGUGGGUGUGUGAAGCUUCUUUGAGAGAGAAAAUGGAAGUCACCAGUGUAGGCAUGGCUGCUUCACCCUAAAAAUUUUCCAUGCAGGUUAUCUAGACAAGCCUUUCCCCCAUCAGACCAGUUUCCAGCCGCCUCUGGCCAGAUCUGUGCCACAGUAACAGCGCCAACACGGGGGUGUUGGCCAAUUCCUCUGGAAACUCUCACACCCCUGCUGGGUUACCCCACCUGGGGAAACAGGAUCAGACUGAACUGAGACCUUUAUCCCCACGAUCACCACACCAACCCAGGCUGCCUCUGUUCUGGACAGCAAUUAAGGAAAGGUAAGGCACACCUCACUCUA